ACUACUUUCCGGAAGUCGACUGACGUUCUAGCUGUGUCCUUGUUAGCUAACGAGCUAGUUAGCUGCUAUACCAAGCCAAUGUCUCCCAGUUGGAAAGAUGAUUUAAAUAGUGCCUAAAAAUUGGCUUUGACAGACAUUAGUGUUCACCCGCUGUUCGUAAAGGCGCCAUGUUGCGUGUGGGGAAAAGAGCAGCCUGCAUGGCCUGCAGGAACCUGGUCUCCACAAACAUGAGAGUGAGAUGUCAGGUCCAUCUGCCUAAACUCCACCCUCUGACCCGGGCCAUCCACCACCGCUACUCGGGAAAUGCCAACCCUCAGCGUACCCCUCAUCGCACAGCAGCCCGCUACUUCACCUCAAUGUCAAGGCUGCCCAUGCGACCACCGAAGCCUCCGCCGGGGUCAGGGGGGCGUGGCUACCAGCAGCAACGAAACUUCUGGGUGGCCCGUCUGGCUGCUCGGCUGCUGAAGCUCCGAUAUAUUCUUCUGGGUACAGCAGUAGGAGGAGGAUACACAGCAAAAAAGACUUACGAGGAGUGGAAGGAUAUGUUACCUGAUUUUAGUGAAUACAACUGGGUCAUUCCUGAUUUUGUCUGGGAACUGAGUGAACAAAUUGAUCUUGAUAAACUGGCCAAAGCUCUACCGGAGAUUGAGGAAAUUGCCAAACUACUGCCUGAUUUUGACAAGAUAGAAGAAAACUUCACCUUCCUUAAAAGUCUGCUGUCUACUGGUGUGAGUUUGGGUAGUGAAGUCAAAGGAGCUUCUGGUCUGCAUCUGUUGUUAGAAACCUCAGGUGACCCUCCACUAAAGGCCACAGACUCUUCAACUGCCACCAUGCAAGAUACUGGUGACAAGCAAUACAAAAAGGGUCUGCUUGGGGAGCUCAUUCUUAUUCAGCAGCAGAUUCAGCAGCAUGAGGAGGAAGUUCGGCGGGCCGCUGCAGCCGGUAGUGCGCGUCCCCCACCGCCAGAGCCUGCUCCCAUUCCGCCUCCGAACCCCAGCCCCCCUCAACAGAAGCGCAAGUCGUCAGACAAAGAAAAAAUCGACCAACUGCAGGAGGAGCUACUUCGCACUCAGCUAAAAUAUCAGCGCCUCUUAGAAAGAUUGGAGAAAGAGAAUAAAGAGUUAAGGAAAGUAGUGCUGCAAAAAGAUGACAAAGGAAUCCACCAAAGGAAAGUCAAGAAAUCCCUCAUCGACAUGUACUCCGAAGUCCUGGAUAUCUUGUCUGACUAUGAUGCCAACUACAACACCCAGGACCACUUACCAAGGGUGGUUGUGGUCGGGGAUCAAAGUGCUGGAAAAACCAGUGUUCUGGAGAUGAUCGCCCAGGCCAGGAUCUUUCCUCGGGGCUCUGGAGAGAUGAUGACCCGGUCUCCUGUCAAGGUGACCCUUAGUGAAGGCCCCCACCAUGUGGCCCUCUUUAAGGACAGUGGGCGUGAGUUUGACCUCACCAAGGAGGAAGAUCUGGCAGCUCUGAGACAUGAGAUUGAGCUGAGGAUGAGGAAGAGUGUCAAGGAAGGACAGACCGUCAGCUCUGAGACAAUAUCCCUGAGUGUCAAAGGCCCUGGGAUCCAGAGGAUGGUUCUUGUUGACUUACCAGGUGUCAUCAGUACUGUGACAACAGGAAUGGCAUCAGACACAAAGGAAACCAUCUUCAGCAUCAGCAAGGCUUACAUGCAGAAUCCCAAUGCCAUCAUCCUCUGUAUUCAGGAUGGCAGUGUGGAUGCAGAGCGCAGCAUUGUAACAGACUUGGUUAGCCAGAUGGACCCCCAGGGAAAGAGAACCAUAUUUGUUUUGACCAAGGUGGAUUUGGCAGAGAAGAACCUGGCCAGCCCCAGCAGAAUUCAGCAGAUAGUGGAAGGCAAGCUGUUUCCCAUGAAGGCCCUGGGUUACUUUGCUGUAGUGACAGGAAAAGGGAGCUCUGGUGAAAGCAUCGAGUCCAUUAAAGACUAUGAGGAGGACUUUUUCCAGAACUCAAGGUUAUUGAGGGAUGGCAUGUUGAAGGCCCACCAGGUGACCACCAAGAAUUUAAGUUUAGCUGUUUCUGACUGUUUCUGGAAGAUGGUUAGAGAGUCAGUGGAGCAACAAGCUGAUGUCUUUAAAGCAUCACGGUUUAACCUGGAGACAGAAUGGAAGAACAACUAUCCUCGUCUGAGAGAACUGGACAGGAACGAGCUGUUUGAAAGGCUAAAUGAAAUAUUGGAUGAAGUCAUUAGUUUAAGUCAAGUGACUCCACAGCACUGGGAGGCCAUCCUGCAGAAGAAGCUGUGGGAACGCGUUUCCACCCAUGUGAUCGAGAAUAUCUACCUGCCUGCUGCCCAAACAAUGGACUCUGGAACCUUUAACACCACCAUAGAUAUUAAGCUCAAACAGUGGACUGACAAGCAGCUUCCACACAAAGCACUGGAGGUUGCCUGGGAGACACUGCAGGAGGAGUUUGCCAGGUUCAUGGCUGAGUACAAAGGCAAAGACCAGGAUGACAUUUUGACAAGCUGAAGGAGGCUGUUAAUGGACGAGGGCAUCAAGAGGCACAAAUGGAAUGAGAGGGCCAUGGACAGCCUGAGAGUAAUCCAGCACAAUGCUCUAGAGGACAGCUCCAUCACAGACAAACCUCAGUGGGAUGCAGCGAAGUUCAUGGAGGAAACCUUGCAAUCCCGCCUCAAAGACACGGAGUCAGUAAUCAAAGACAUGGUGGGUCCAGACUGGAAGCAGAGGUGGCUAAACUGGACGAACCGCACCCCAGAUCAGCACAUACGAAAUGAAACCAAAUCAGAGCUGGAGCGAUUGCUAAAACUACAUGAUGACCACACUGCAUAUUUGGCCAAUGAUGAGGUCACCACGGUACGGAAGAACCUGGAGGGCCGAGGGGUAGAAGUCGACCCUGUGCUGAUCAAGGACACAUGGCAUCAGCUCUACCGCCGACACUUCCUGCAGAAGGCCCUGGCCCACUGUAACCUCUGCAAGAGGGGUUUCUACUACUACCAGAGGCACUUUGUUGACUCUGAGUUAGAGUGCAAUGAUGUCGUACUUUUCUGGAGGAUCCAGAGGAUGCUGGUUAUCACAGCCAACACUCUACGGCAGCAGCUCACCAAUACUGAGGUGCGGCGGUUAGAAAAAAAUGUGAAGGAGGUGCUGGAUGACUUUGGGGAAGACACGGAGAAGAAGACCCAGCUCAUAACCGGCCGUCGGGUCCAGCUGGCCGAGGAUCUCAAGAAAGUUCGUGAGAUCCAGGAGAAACUUGAAGCCUUUAUAGAAGCACUUCAUAAGGAAAAAUAAGAGAACUAGACUUAUUGUCAGUAAAUGUAUGGAUCCCAUCCAGACGACGCACUGAUCGAAGACCACAGGUUGUAUGAAAGCGUGUCCUCGUGCCCUGACUCUGUUCCACCAAUCACAUGAUUCGAACACGGCUUGGCUUCCUGUUCUGCCCAUGACGCUGAAAACACGGACCUGAACAGAACUCAAAUGUAGACCAACCCUCGUCAGGUUUUCUCUGCUAUUUUUUUCCUCUUUUUUUUUGUUUUUUUUCUUCAAACUUUCCCAGGUGAGCACAGGGACUUCUGCUCAGGAGCCCAAACGCUAUUGGAUCUGGAGGAAGAUGAGAAGCUUGCACAGUUUUUUCAGGCGUCUGAGCGUUCAUGUGAAUAAAUGAGUCACUACAUGUUCAU